UUCAGGGCGGAGUAGGCGGAAGUGGGGCUGAGGGGCGGCUGGAGCGCCGAGCGCAGGCACAGGCAGAGGCACAGGCGGCUGAGGCAGCGAAGCAGGGUCGGGGGGACCAUGGCCGGGAUCACCACCAUCGAGGCGGUGAAGCGCAAGAUCCAGGUCCUGCAGCAGCAGGCCGACGACGCGGAGGAGAGGGCCGAGCGCCUGCAGCGGGAAGUGGAGGGCGAAAGGCGGGCCCGGGAACAGGCCGAGGCUGAGGUGGCAUCCUUGAACCGGAGGAUUCAGCUGGUUGAAGAGGAACUGGACCGUGCUCAGGAGCGCCUGGCUACUGCCCUGCAAAAGCUGGAGGAAGCUGAGAAAGCAGCUGAUGAGAGUGAGAGAGGGAUGAAGGUCAUUGAAAACCGAGCUUUAAAAGAUGAAGAAAAAAUGGAACUUCAGGAAAUUCAACUUAAAGAAGCUAAGCAUAUUGCAGAAGAGGCAGACCGGAAGUAUGAAGAGGUGGCUCGUAAGUUGGUGAUUAUUGAGGGCGACUUGGAACGCACAGAGGAGCGGGCUGAGCUGGCCGAGUCCCGUUGCCGAGAGAUGGAUGAGCAGAUCAGACUGAUGGACCAGAACCUGAAGUGUCUGAGUGCUGCUGAGGAAAAGUAUUCUCAAAAAGAAGAUAAAUAUGAAGAAGAGAUAAAGAUUCUUACUGAUAAACUCAAGGAGGCAGAGACCCGUGCUGAGUUUGCUGAGAGAUCGGUAGCCAAGCUGGAAAAGACAAUUGAUGAUUUGGAAGAUGAGCUCUAUGCCCAGAAACUGAAGUACAAGGCCAUUAGCGAGGAGCUGGACCACGCCCUCAAUGACAUGACCUCUAUAUAAACUGAAAUGCACCAAAGAGGAGCACCUCUGUACACAAAGGAUGCUGGACCAGACUCUGCUGGACCUGAAUGAGAUGUAGAGUCCCCGCCCUGCCGCUGCUCCUCCCUCAACCCUGACUCCGCCUGAGGCCAGCCCACCGGAAGCUGACCUUUCACCGAGGGCUGAUCUUUAACUGGAAAGCUGCUUUCUCCCUCACUGUCCCUCCCCCCCCGAGUUUUCAGCCAAACUGUCUCUGCCCCUACCCCAGAGAUUCCCUUUGGGGUAGAGACAGAGCACCUUUGGGAACAACAUCUAAGGGAAUGUGAGCACAAUGCAAAGUGUCUUUAAAAGCACGUUGUCAUGUACACAUUUUGUAAUUCCCCUUUUUGUUGUAGCAAGCUUUUGUAAGACAUUCCAAGUCAUUCCACAGUUUUGAAGAGCAGUCUAAUCCUUUCUCUCUUUCGGAAGGGACCUUUCCAGCCAAUUGCAUUUUGCCCUCUCCGUGGAGAAGGGAAAGGACUGGGCCUGCCUUACAGAGAUAUACAGCCCAGAGAAAGGUGCCACUGUGGGAUACCUCAGUGCUGUGUACCAGGACUAGCCAGACUGAAGAAAAGGGGUUCUAAGAGGAGUUAGCCAAAAGGAAAAGUGCUGUUUAGGUUUCCAGCUUUAGGGUAUCUCUGGGAAACUUUCUUUUCUUUUCUUUUCUUUUCUUUUCUUUUCUUUUCUUUUCUUUUCUUUUCUUUUCUUUUCUUUUCUUUUCUUUUCUUUUCCUUUUAAACCAGUGAAGUGACUCAAGGGGCCAUAGAGGUAUAGUACAGUGGGUAAAGCACUUACUUGCCUUGCAGCCUGGCUGAUCCUGCUCCCCAUAUGGUCCCCUGAGCAUUGCCAGGAGUGAUCCCUGAGCACAGCCAGAUGUGACCCCCAAAACAACAGGAAGAAGUGACUCAAAUUAAGAUAAUGAGAACCCGGGACCAAAUCCUCGUUUCAUCUCCCUCUGCUCUCCCAGCAGAAUGAAUCAUGUAGUACCUUUUAGGUUGAAGUGACCACUUACUUGCUCUCCUGAAUUCUUGAAAGAAAAACAAAAUGUUAUUGCCACUGAUUAGCCAUAUGAAACUCAUCUCAUUGCCCUUUUCUGGGUCUGAAGCUGCUGUCUCCAAAAGUGCCAUCUCAUUGUGCUUUGUAUCGGUUAGUGCCGGAGAAAUCUUGAAUAGCUUAUAUACAAAACUUUUUAUAUUGUUUUGAAACUUUGCUUCUCUAGGGUUGGGGCACAGUGACCACCCGGUCUGGGCCUGCAGUGUGGUCUUUGAAAACAUCCUCUCCUUCUUACCCAACUCCCCCUUUUAAGUGAGGUUCUGUGAGGUCUGUCCAGUGUGCAUCUACCCCGCAGCUUCGUGGCUUAAAAUGCCCUCUCCUUUGGUGUGGCCUCUUUGGGGGCCAGUUGGGCCAAGAAACCAAUAAUGCAACUGUUUUGAUACUGAAAAUUGACUUGUGUCUUUUUGAAAUAAAGAACCAGUCCCUCCAAACUUGA